UUGGCCUCACGUUUUCUCCAGUCUAGGCUCCAGACAUGCGGGGUGCCUUUGGAAAGCCCCAGGGCACAGUGGCCAGGGUCCACAUUGGCCAAGUCGUCAUGUCCAUCCAUACCAAGUUACAGAGCAAGGAGCAUGUGAUUGAGGCCCUACCUGGGGCCAAGUUCAAGUUCCCUGGCUGCCAGAAGAUCCACAUUUCCAAGAAGUGGGGCUUUACUAACUUUAAUGUGGACGAAUUUGAAGACAUGGUGGCUGAAAAGUGGCUCAUCCCAGAUGGCUGUGGGGUCAAAUACACCCCUAAUCGUGGCCUCUUGGACAAAUGGAGGGCUCUGCACUCAUGAGAACCUCAGCACUGCCCUUCCCCAUUCAUGCCCACCAAUAAAUCCUGC